AUGAGUGUCUCGCGAGCAGUUCGCAGAGACACCUGCGCUGCCUACCGCCGUCUUCUCGGUGUUGUGCAUCAAGUUGCUCGCGACUGCCCACUACACCAAACGGAGGGUCUAACACGGUACGUGGCUGCUCGCUUCUUUGAUGCCGCUGAACAUAAUCGUAGACGAUAUCUCAAGUUGUAUGAACAGAAACUCACACCCCGCAGUAGGAGAGGACGACAACAGCAACAGCAAAAGCAAAAGUCUCUGGAAAUUCAGUAUGAACGAUAUAUUUCAAAAGAAUUACAGAAAGUACACAACAUGACGGAACAGCUUCUUCUUGCACCAGGUAAUCGUGCUCUUACCUCUAUGCUUCAGGUUCUUUCUGCAGGUGUUGGUAAUAUACAUUAUCAGCAAACUAUUGAAGGAAACUAUUUUCAAUAUUCUCAGUUUGAGAACAAGAAGGCAGAACGUAAUGAAGUAGAUGAGGAAGCCGUUGCAGAACGUCAAAAUCGUAUUAUGCAACAUGCACUUAUUCCAUAUGGUGAGCGAUUAGCCUUUCUCCAUCGUCUAGAGAGAAAGGAUGGAAGUGAUAAAAUAGAACAGAAACAACAAAAUACACUUACAUCAUGGCAAGUUACUGAAAGUAUUAUUGGUACACGUAGUGGUGUCACAGCUCAUCAUGUUUCUCAUGGAAAGGAAGAUAUGGUACUGGAAGUAGAUGAGACGUAUAAUAAGCAGAUUGUUUAUCUGCGAUGUGAACCAUACGACUGGGAACAUGAAGUGGAACGUUUAGAGAUAACGGAAGCAGAAGAAGUGCGAGGUACUAUAUUCCAUGCAGAGUAUCUUAGUGUGGCCCAGCGGUUAGCGGAUGCUCUAUUAGCUGAAACCCCUUUACAUGCCUACCGUUCCACUGUUGUUGUGGGUCACGGGGUUGGCGGUGCUGUAGGUUUUUGUUUGGCGUUGUUACUACAUGUACGUGGAUUUGAUGUUAAGAACUGCGUAAGUUUUGGUUCUCCAAAGGCGGUACAACGAACUCUUGAGCGUUAUAUUCAUGCCAUUAACCCUAUUCGUGUGGUGCUUGAGGGUGAUCCACUAGUUGAAUUACCAGUAACGGGAGCUGAAGGCGAUCCUUUUGUACACCAUGGCGAAAUUUUGGUAAUGGGUUCUCCUACCAUGCAGCAGGAAGAAGAGGGAGAGAAGAAAGAAAUAGAAAAAGAAAAAAGAGAGGAACAGAAUGACGUAAAGAACAUUUCAAGUUCAAAUGAUUCUCUUACUGCUGAUGUACUCAGCGACCUUUUAGAACCUGAUAUGCAGUUAGUAACACAGGAGUCAAGAGGAGGAAAAGAGGAUAUGGAGGAUAAUAAGAAUGAUAAUGAAGAGACGGACGAAACGGAGGAAGAUAUAUCCAGAAUUUCACAGAUAACAGCAGAGCGAUACUCUGUAAACUAUACAGCGGAUCAUUACAUUGACCGUCUUGUUGACACCACAAUACCAUUAACAUAUGCAGAGGGUGAUGAGGUGUGGGAUGAGGGUGAUUACGCACAGAUGAGGCGUGAAGCAGGAGGACACCCUCACGUAAUGGAAUCACAGAAAUGGCGGGAAGAGAGAAAAAGUCCAUUGUAG